AUGGCUGACGUUGUUUUAGGCGCCCAAUGGGGUGAUGAAGGAAAAGGCAAGCUUGUCGACUUGCUUUGCGACGACAUCGAAGUGUGUGCAAGAUGCCAGGGUGGUAACAAUGCGGGCCACACCAUUGUUGUGGGCAAAACCAAAUACGACUUCCACAUGUUGCCAUCCGGGUUGGUGAACCCAAAGUGCUUGAACUUGGUUGGCUCCGGUGUUGUUGUGCAUUUGCCCUCGUUCUUUGACGAAUUGGCCAAGAUCGAGAACCAGGGUUUGAAAUGUAGAGACAGAUUGUUCUUAUCUUCCAGAGCACAUCUAGUUUUUGACUUCCACCAGAGAGUCGACAAGCUAAGAGAGGCAGAGCUCUCGAACAAGAAGAAGUCGAUCGGCACUACCGGUAAAGGUAUCGGCCCAACCUACUCGACCAAGGCCUCCAGAUCCGGUAUCAGAGUGCACCAUUUGGUCAGUGAUGAGCCCGACGCUUGGCCCGAGUUUGAGACCCGGUUGAGAAGACUGUUUGCAACCAGACAGCAGAGAUACGGCGAAUUUGAAUACGACAUCGAGGGCGAGUUGGCCAGAUACAAGGUGCUCAGAGAGGAAAUCAAGCCUUUUGUCGUCGACUCUGUCGAGUUCAUGCACAGCGCAUUGGCGGAAAACAAGAAGAUCUUGGUUGAGGGCGCCAACGCUUUGAUGUUGGACCUCGACUUCGGUACGUACCCCUACGUCACGUCCUCCAACACAGGCAUUGGCGGUGUCCUGACCGGGUUGGGCAUUCCUCCCACCGCCAUCAGAAACGUCUACGGUGUCGUCAAGGCCUACACCACCAGAGUCGGCGAGGGUCCUUUCCCCACCGAGCAGCUAAACGAGGUCGGCGAGAAGCUCCAGGACAUCGGUUUCGAGGUCGGCGUCACCACGGGCAGAAAGAGAAGAUGCGGCUGGUUGGACUUGGUUGUUUUGAAAUACUCCACCUGGAUCAACGGCUACACCUCCUUGAACAUCACCAAGUUGGACGUCUUGGACACCUUCAAGGAGAUAAAGGUUGCAGUUGGCUACAAGUACAACGGCAAGGAGUUGAAGUCUUUCCCUGAGUGUCUGCACGUUUUGGGCAAGGUCGAGGUCGAAUACAAGACCCUUCCAGGCUGGGAGCAGGAUAUCACCGCCGUGAAAACUUACAGUGAGUUGCCAGAGAACGCCAAGGCGUACUUGAAAUACAUCGAAGACUACCUCAAGGUCCCUGUCCAAUGGGUUGGUACCGGGCCAGCCAGAGAGUCCAUGUUGGUCAAGGCCACCAAAUGA